UAAAAUUAUGAUCAUAUUGAAAGAAUAAUAAAUUAUGAGAAAUGUUGGCAAGUCAAACCACCGCAGGAUACAGUAAUUCUUUUGUCACCAACAACAAUGCAGGUUCCAGUAACAUUACAAGCGACAAUGAUUCGAGAAGAUAUGCUAUGGUCAGUACUGAAUGGAUCUCAGCUAUUGGCGAGGAACUGGGCAUGAAUUCGUUGCAGGAUGAUCUUUUAAAUAGAUUGGCUGAAGAUGCUUCCUAUCGUCUGAGAGAAAUUCUCUAUAAAUGCGUCACGAGAUUGAGGCACAGCAAACGAAAACGUUUAACGUCCAUGGAUGUGAAUGCGGUAAUUACCAAUUUGUAUGAUGUAGAUCCAAUUCUUGGUGCGACAGAAUCCAUGCCUGAGUAUCAUACCGAAGCAAAGGUAUAUGUACCUACCGAGUCUGUUGUUAAUCUUGUUCAUGAUGUAAAUGAUCCAGUGAGUUUGACUCAGCCUAAUGUACCGCUUCUGCAAGAAUCUGAGAUAUGCGAUAUAAAACUCACAGAAGCACGUAACAAUUAUGCUCAGCGUGCAUUGAAAACUUUAUUUAAUGGUUCACAAAAGACUUUUCAGGUUUUGCUUAACGAUUGUGCCACAAAUGCACAUUUGGGUGAUGAAGGAGUCAUAGAUAAAUUAAUAUCUAUUGUUAGAUCUACGAUAUUUUCACAUAAUGCACAAUAUACGCGCGUUUCUACACGGACGUGUCAGCUUAUACUUGCUAUUGCUAGCAAUAGUACAGCUGUCUAUCCAUAUUAUUUAACUUCGGUGGACGUGUUGGUAGAAUUAUUGCUGGAAUUGUUGUUGAAUCAGAAUUUUAUACACCCAAAUUUAGAGGUGCUCUUUAAAGAGUGCACAAUUAAACUGAUGCUUCGAUGGCCAUCCGUUGCCAACAAAUAUAUUUCGAAAUUAGAGAAUGUACUGCUAGUAAAGAGUGAAUUAAUGAGCGAAUUACAAAGUGAAGAGAGCAUUAAUAUUUAUAAAAAAAGGAUAAUGGCGAUAGAAUUAUUAGCGAGCGUUCAGCCUCUCAUAUUUUUCCAGCGCGAGGCUGAACACAUACUUUCCAUACAAAAUAUUUUGGAAUAUUACGCUCUACCUGGCUCAGAUAUUUGGCAACGAGUAGCUUUGACAGUUUGUGCUUUCGUGAGAUCGCAAGGUCAUGUUUUUCAUCUUGCACCUCUGAUCGAGCAUUAUGGAGAUUCGUUAUUGCCAUAUUUACCUGCUACCUGUGACGGUAAUGCAAGAGAAAUAAAAGAAAAAAAACCUGGCACAUUACCCAUCAUCAUUAGAGGUAAGAUGAAGGACGUUAAAGUCAGAUCGUUGCUGCACAACAGAACGCUAUGGGAUCGACAAACAGUAUUUCCUGAUUCCACUCUGAGAGGACCGAGACGCGAGAUACGGUUCGCGUUUGCUGGAGGUCGCCCGGUUCCGCAUAACAACUUAAAACGUUCCAGUUUAAGAGCUCAUUAUCAAAUUUUGAGAGGCGAUCUUCAAGCUACUCUCGCACUGGUAGCAUCUCGUAGAUUGCUUGUGGUUAAAGACAAAAAGAAAGGUCCCUACAAUUUUUACAAUCUGGCACACGUUUGUUUAUAGAUAAAUAUUCCCUCAUUUGACUCUGAUAUUUAUAUAUUUACAAUAUAUUAUUACUAUUGUCUAAUUGUUUUAGACAAUAGUAAUAAUUGUUAUAAUAAUAUUAAAUAAUUAUAAUGAUAUUAUCAUUACUGUCUUCUUGUUGUUUUUGGCAAUAAUAAGAAUUAGGAUAUACGCAUCUCUCUUACAGUUGCAUUAGCUGUAAUAUAUAAAAUUUUAUUAUCUCUUCCAUAAAAUAUUUAAAUUUUUUAGCUGAUCUCACUCGUUACAUUUUUUAAUCUCUUUAUCGUAUGUAAAUUUCCAUAUUAAAGUUACAUUAAAAAAGUUUUUGAA